CAUUGCCAACCGAAAGGUGUAAAUAAUUGAGGCCAAAAAACUUGGGCCUUAUGCUUAACCAAGCUCAACUCAUAUGACUUUGUUUGAACAGCAGCAAAAUGACACUUUCAGAAACAAGUUGCAAAGAAAAUUCCAAUAAUUUUCCUCUGUUGUCACAACAUAAUCUCUAUUUGAAAUCUCUGAUUUAUGAGAAGGAACCAAGUAAUUACUAAACAACAACUGAAGUGAGUUCCAUUCGAAUUACAAAUAUCAAUAAAAAUGGCAACUGCUGUCUUGGAGGUUAAUGAAAGCAAGUUGGAGUUGGUAUGCGAUGAGUGCGACUAUUAUGGCUCAACAGAUACGAUAUUUAUCGAUAACAGCACUCAAACUGAUGGCUAUGAUGAUGAUGAAUCGGAGCUUAAGCCCCUGAAACCUAGAUUGAGUCAAAUUGUUGAAGAGGAUAUGGAAAUUGAAGGGGCAAUUAAAGAGGAAGUUGAAGUACAAGUGGAAACAAAUGGAAUACAAAGCGAUGACAAUGACGACAGUGAUGGAAAAGCCGCGAUAAAUGGCGACGAAUUGAAGGAGGAUGAGGACGUCUUAGAAAAAACUCUCGUAGAAGAACAGGAGCCAAAUGUUGUCGAGGUGCCAGUUGUAUCUGAUGAGGACGGGGAAAUCGACGAUGUGGCCAGACUCACAGGUCUAGCUUUGGGUAUGGGCUAUGCCCGAAUCAUAGACUACGAUAACUUGCGCAUAAUCGAACAUGUUAUCGAAAGCGAUGAUGAGGACACUAACGAUGAGACUGCAGAAUGCCACGACCUGGUGACUUUCAUAGGUGAAAGUUAUCAGGUAAUCGAAAGGUCAGGUUAUAGUCGUGAACCGCGGGCAAUAUUGCCGGUGGUGGACAACAAUAACAAUAAUCGCAGCAGCGAAAUAUCCACAAAUGGCCGUGGGCCCAUCAGCGAUAGAUCAAAGUCCGGCCGCAAAGUGCAAAACGGAGAGCAAGCUAAUCAAAAGGCCUCCACUAGUGCAUCUGCAAUCAGCAGCAGCAGUAGCAGCAAUAACAACACCACAACGGCAACAUCUACCAGCAGUGCUUUGGUAAAGGCUUAUAAGUCGAAUCUUACCCCAUUGGCGCCACCCUUUCAGCCUGCUGCCUUGAAGGCCAAGCAACUGCAGCAGUCAUCGCUGGCCAGCGGCAACAUGUCGUCGGUCACGACGACGACAACCACGGCCUUGGGCUAUACCGCCUACGAGCAGACAACGGUUUAUUAUCAACAACAAAUUCAACAGCAGCAGCAGCAGCAGCAACAGCAGCAGCAACAGUUGUCACCCAAGCAGCAGCAGCAGCAACAGCAACAGCAGCAGCAACAACAGCAACAGCAACACUGUGCACAACAUGCCGGCUUGCCGCAUAUUCAUGGCGCCCAACUACUGCCCGUGCAAUUGAUUACCUUGCAACCAAAUGGAGUAACAGCAGCAGCUGCGGCCGCCGCAGCAGCAGCAACAGCAGCCGCAACUCCAGCAGCAACAGCAGCGGGUGGUGCCACAGCAACAUCUUUGACUGGCGCCGCUUGGCCACUUGUGGAGGCGCCAAUUUACAUCGACAUCAAUGGCGAAUAUCGCAGCUUUUGCCCGGCACAUGGACCGCCGGCAGUGACAGCCCCAAAUGGCGCCAUUGCCCAUCAUCCCCACAUACACACUCAUACCCAUGCCCAUUCACAUGGCCAUCCCCAUUCCCAUCCCCAUCCGCAUCACGCAGCACAGCAGCAACAGCAACAGCAACAGCAGCUUCAUCAUCACCAUCAGCAACAUGGGCAGCAUCAGCAACAUUUGACGCCAGCGGCUGUGACAAAUGUUAAUGGAAACAUUGCACAGGCAGCAGCAGCGGCGGUCGCAGCAGCAGCAGCGCCUAGAUUGCUGCUGCAACUGGACGCAGCAACUGUCCAGCAGCAGCAACAACAGCAGCAGCAACAGCAACAAAUCGUGGCCGCUAGCAAGCGUAGCAAAGUUUAUCGAGGUCCCGCCGUUCAGAUGGUGUCCCAGAACCGACCACCGCCCCCGAUGCCGGUGCCCGUCCAGGUGCCGCAGUACGUCAACGAGAACGGAACGCUGACCCACGUGAUGCUCUCGCCGCAGCAGUACCAGCAACUGCAUCCCGGACAGGGACAUCUCCAUCCGGCGCCCUUCAUAAGCGCAAAUGGCACUUCGCAUUUCUACACCCCAGUGGCGGGUUAUCCUGGCCCAGGACCUGCUGGCAAUGGGCCACCUCACUAUCACUUGCCGGCACCACCACCGCCGCCGCAACAGCAGCAGCAACAACAACCACAGCAGCAGGCGCCCCAAGGAGCACCCCCUCCACAACAACAACAACAACAGCAGCAGCAGCAGGUGGCACCAAAUGCAAGUGGAGGAGGUCAGGCAGCAUCCCAGCAAACAGCACCACCCACUGGAGCAGCCAGCCACUCGCACGCCCACUCGCACACCCACUCACACGCCCACUCGCACACACACUCCCAGCCACACCCACAUUCCCCGCACUCCCCGUCGCCGCCCAACUACCGGGAUGAGCGGAGCCAGCGGCAGCACAACAAGCUGCUCAGGAAGCUGGAAAAGCAGCGGGAGUCCAAUCCCCCGCAUUCGCCAUCUCCGCGCCGUGCCAACGAACUGAAUGGUCACAAUAAUAGCAACAUUCCUCUGGGCGUGCCCCUGCCCGCCCACCUCAGCAGCCACCUGCACAUGGCCAACCAUCAGGGACGUCGCCUGCCGCAGCAGCAACAGCAGCAGCAGCAGCACCAGGUUCAAACCCACCAGGUGCCGCAGCCGAGGAACGGCAACCCGCAGCGAAUGGGCAGCAGUGUGGGCGGGGCUAGUUCCGUGGGAACCUCCGAGGACGGCGAGGAUAACUCCAGCCUGGCCGGCGAGGAUGAGGAGGACUACCAGGCCUCCAUCGUGGAGCAAAUCUCAGCCAUUGAGAAGCCCGAGGUGAUAGAUGUGACCUCGCGGGCGGCCAAGAUCAUCUGGGAGAGUCCGGCCAUAGCGGAUGCCUUGACGGUGGACAUGCGGCAGCUGCGCUACCAAGUGCUCCUCUGUGAUUCCGGGAAGCAGUGCAAGUACAAGAGUCUGUACCGCGGCGAGGCCUACGAGUGCAUAGUGCAGGAUCUGCAGCCUGGCCAAGAUUACCUAGUACGCUUGCAGGUGCACUACCAGAAACUGGAGGGCACGGUCAGUGAUCCCACAGAGUUUCGCACCCCAGCCUGUAAGCCCGACCAACCGCCGCCCCCAAAAUUGGUUUCCCGCACUAAGAGCUCCAUUAAUCUGCGAUGGGCUGCUCCGGCCGCGAACGGAGCCAGCAUCCAGCACUAUCUACUGGAGUACGACGAGGGAAGGAUGGCGGGCGGACAGCCGCAGAAGUUCGUGGAACUGGCCAAGAUCAAGGCCAAGCACUAUGUCAUUGGCAAGCUGCAGCCCACUACAGUGUACAGUUUCCGCUUGGCGGCGGUCAACGAAGCGGGUCAGAGUCCCUACUCCCCGGUGGCCAGCUACAGCACUGCCGGCAAUCCGCCGCCAGUGCCCAGACCUCCGCAGCUGUUGGCCAGCAGCUCCAACACCCUGAAACUGGGCUGGGAGCGGCGGGCACAGGACGGAGACUUUCUGCUCCAAAUGCAGGAUGCGGAGUCGGGCCACGGCUACCUGAACACCUACAAGGGUACGGAACUGCAAACGGAGUGCCUGCAGUUGCGGCGGGCCAGCAGCUAUCAGUUCCGUCUGAGGUCCGAGAACGAGGCGGGCUUCUCGCCCUGGUCGCCGGAGGUCAGCUACCGCACUCUGGCCGAACGUCCUGGCCGACCUGGGAAGCCGCAUGCCAAGGGCAAGAUCCAUGGCACCCACUUUAAGGCCCGCUGGGAUGCACCCGGCGAUGCCGGCGGCGCCGAGAUCCUUCGCUACCACUUGGAGCUGAGUGCCGCGGGUCCGGCCUUCGAGAGGAUCUACAGCGGCGGCGAGACGGAGGCCAUGUGCGAGCGUCUCCAGCCGGGCACCACCUACGCCCUGCGGGCCUUUUGCGAAGGUCCAGCGGGUCAGAGCCCGUACUCCGACAUUGGACAUGUUACCACAGAGGCGGUGGCGCCGUCGGCCCCGCCCCCACCGCACUGCAGUGAUCCGCCCUCGCCCUACGCCGCUCUCCUGAAGCUCCAGCAUCCGGAGUACAAUGGCGGCGCACCCAUCCUGGAGUUCGAGGCGCAGAUGCGACGGCUGGAGCAGGUGCAGCCACCGCAGUUGGUGUACCGCGGCAAGCAGGCCUACUUUGUGGCCCAGGACCUGACACCGGGCGGCAUGUACGAGGUCCAGGUGCGGGCCAUCAACCGCAUUGGCGCCGGCAACUGGUCCCAGUGGAUGAGAUUCACGGCGGCCGCCGCUGCGCCCGGUGUGCCCGAAGAGCUGCGCGUGCUGGUGAAGUCGGCCACCCAUCUGGGGGUCAGUUGGCAGCCGCCGCUGCAGGAGAACGGUGCGCCCGUGACCAGUUACACCCUGAAGAGUGCCAGCCAGGAGAGGACGCGGGACGAGGAGGCCGAGCAGGAGCAAGGCGCCAUUAAGGAGCCGCCCAGCUCCGAGUUCCACAACUGCUAUCAGGGAGCGCAGACCUGCGCCGAGCUGAGAAACCUCUCGCCCUACACACGCUACCAUUUCCGCAUCCAGGCGAGCAACUCGGCCGGCACGGGAACCGCCUCCGACGUGAUAAGUGUGUGCACACCGGCCGCAGUGCCCGGGGCUCCGCAAAUGCAGGGCUACGAGUUCACCGCCCAGGAGGUGACCCUCAACUGGACGCAGCCGGCGGCCCACGGCUCGCCCAUCUGCUCGUACAACAUUGAGUACGGGGAGCGGACCAUCGCCACGCCGGAUGCCUGUACACGGUACACGGUGGGUGGCCUGCUGCCCGAAACCGGCUACAAGUUCCGUGUGCAAGCGGUUAACGCCAUCGGAGCCGGAGCCUUUAGUGCCUAUGCCAAGCUGACCACUCAGCCGGCUCCUCCGGCUCCACCGCGCCUCGAGUGCAGCGGCGCCGGUCACAACUACAUCAAGCUGAAGUGGGGCGAGAACGGAACGACCGGUGGCAAGCUGGCCGGCUCCAAUCCGGGGAACAACGGCAAUGGCGGCGGCGGCGACUUCACCAAGUACUUUGUGGAGAUGUACGUGGCCCGGGCGAAACAGUUCCAGGCCGUCUACUCCGGCACCAAUUGCAUGUGCAAGGUGCACAAGCUGCAGGAGCGCAGCAGCUACACCUUCCGGAUCUAUGCCCACACGGACAGGGCCGGCGAUGGCGAUUACUCGGAGGAUUUCGUUUUCGAGACCUCGGCCACACUGCCGGCGAACAUCAAGCCACCACGAGUGGUCCAAGAGGGCAGUGUUUGCCUAAUGGAGAUGCCCGGCCAACUGGGCAUGCAACUCACCCUGGAGUGGCAGCACUCGAAGAACUCCUUCCAGGACCGCGUGGAGUACGAGCUGCAGUAUGCGGUCUUGGGCGCCGCCGACUUGGAGGGUGAAUCGCUGUCGCCCAAGGGUCGCAGCAACAGUUCCAGCGGCAGCUCCAGCGGCGCUCCAGUUAAUUUGGCCAACCAGGACUACAGGCAGUUGUAUCGCGGACCCGAGACCAAGUUCACCAUUGACAAUCUGGCUGCCGGCACUUGCUACCAGUUCCGCGUGUGUCCCGUGCGGAUAGCGGCGGGCGGAGAACUGCUAUACGGUCAGCCGUCGAGUCCGUUGCGCUACCAGGUGCCCAGUGAGCUGGACCCCAGCUCGGCGACGUGCCACCACCACCUGCACGGCUCCACGGCACCACCGGCGACGACGGCGGCAGUGGCCACCAGCCAGAGGAGCAGCCGCAAGCUGUCGGCCGGCAAUGGCUCGACCAAUGGCCUGCACAUGAGAUCGGUGAGUGCGUCGGCCAUCAGUGGAGCGAGCGGCGUGGGAGCGGACCCUGUGGCAAUCGGACGACUGCAGCAGGAGCUGUCCGGCUUCAAUGCGUGCGCAGAUCCCAUGCAUCACCAUCAUCAUCAUCACCACCACCACCAUCAGCCGUGCGGCGGAGCCGGAGCCGGUGGAAUGGCCGGGGCCACGGACUCGCACCACCAGCAUCAGCACCACAUGCACCACUCGCAUCACAUGCAUCAUGCCCACCAUCCGCACACCGGAAUGGGCGUCAGCUCCUCGAGUUCCAGCUCCUCAACGGCGGCGGCCAUCUCCUCCAGCUUGGCCCAGGCGGGCGGAUUAAGGCGGAUCGUCGGUAAGCUAACUUCACUGUACUCCAAUCGGCGACGUCUGAGUGACCAACAGAAGGCCGUCUGCAUUGUGGUCUCUUUCCUAGUGGGCACCUUCCUGGUCGCCAUGCUCGUCAACAUGUUGAGGGGCUAAAUAAGUGGCGCCCAACGUGAGACUAUAGGAACUUGUAGGCAAACGACAGGCGAAAAUGAUUUAAAAAAAAAACAAAAAUGAAACACUUUAUGUCUCAAAAAAGUGAUUUAAACUGUUAGUUGUAAUUAUGUAUUUUUUAUAUAUAUACCGUAACAGAAUCAAACAAAAUCAAAACUGUAUAUUGUCUAAUUUUAAACGAACGAAAAAAAAAACAGCAGAAAAGGAAAUCAAAAAUAGCGAAAAGAGAAAAGAAAGAGAUGAGAUGUAAUGUGAUGAGGUGAGAUGAGAUGAGAUGAGAAGGCAAGCCCCCAAUAAUUGUAUUAAAUGUACACAAAACAAAACCACAACGUCAAACAUUCACACAGCUUAAUGUUAAUAAUGGUAUUUACUAAUAAUAUAUGUUGUCACAAAACGAAAGUCUAAUCUCCAUAUGUGCUAUAAACAAAUGAGCAGCCAGCAAACAAAUUGUAAGCCGUCAGCAGAACCGUAAGGCUCACCAGUACUUGUCAGACCUGUUCCGAAAUGCUUCUCAAGCUGUUUUUAUUUUGUGUGUGGCGCCCUUGCAUUUGCCCUCCCCGGCGGGUUUUUGUAAAAUUCGUGUAUAAUACGUGUAGAACUAGCAUGUGGGGGCCUGGCCCCGCCCGAAGUCCAAGUUUUUUUACAAGACCCAUUUUUGUAAAGUGUAUUCCAAAAAAACAAACCAACAAAGAAAGAAACAAACAAACAAACGAUUGUAGAUAGCUGGUCAACAAAUUGCACCAACUAAAGACACACUCCUAAGUAGCUAAAAAGUAACCGAAUUGUGAAUGGUGAGGGGGCGCAAAGGAAGGGGCGGAGGGCAAAUGCAGAACGAAUAAUUAAACGAAAAGUAUGAAUUUAUUAGACUACUAGCUACAAGUAUUCAGUGCUGUAUAAUUGUUUUCCUGAUCGCUCCAAUCUACGCAGAUAUAUAUAUAAAUAUAAAUAUAUAUAUAUACAAACACAUAGAUAUAUGUAAAACAGCAGACGCUUCUUUCAUUCUCACAACCUUUUUAUACGAAUUAUUACACAAUUUAUUAUAAACAUAUUAUACGACAAGCAGAAAUCGAGAAAACCAAGGCAACCCCAGUUGGGGCUGCUAUAUCCGCUGGCAAUCCAACUGUUGCAUUUCACAACUAAAACAACUAAAUAAAUUCAACCCGACACUUUUUCGUAGGCUGUCCCAUGUGGCUAUAGCAGCCCCAACUAGGCAAAGUGAUUUAUAUUCCAAUUAUUAUUAUUUUUCUAAUUAAAUAAAUUAAACUAAAUGUAAUUGUUUCUUUCCAUAGCAUUUAAUGUGAAUUAUACAAAACAGAAUCUUAUCUAAAAAAUUAUGAAAAAUCAAAAAAAAAAAAAAAUACACAAAACAAAACAAAUGUUUGUUCAUGUAAAGCAUAAACAUUUGCUUGAUGCAAAUUAAAAAAAUUAUAUAUAUAUAUAUAUAUAUAUAUAAAUAAAUAAAUAAACUUAAAUCAGAAUCAAAUGAUAAAUAAAUGGAAAUUAUGUAUGUUUCUAUGUUUACAACUUAUAAAAUUUAUUUGCAAAAUAUAUAUAUAUAUGAAACAUUUAAAAUAAAUGCGAUAUACAAAUAAUAAAAAUACAUUUUUUGUUUGUAUUUGUGGAUUUUUCGUUAGGCUGAAAGGACCUUUUUUUAGUUGUGAGUUUAAUUUUGUAGGGUAUUUUAUAGACGUUAGCAAAAAAUUUUCGUAACAUUUUAGGGUUUUUAUGUUGACUCAUUCAUUGUAUCAUCCUUUCUAAAACUGCUAUAUUUAUUUUUUAACAAACGCCUUUUCUUAUUUCUUUUAAUUAACUCUUUUUUCUAUCAACAAUAUGUUAUAGCGAUCAAUACUUUAAUUAAUCAAUACUUGAUUGAAUAUUUUAAGUAUUACCAAAUCUCCAAUAUAUUUUCCUAAGCAUUUAUUGCAUGGACUCUUUAUGGACCCCAGGCAUAUUCUCAGGAUAGAGCACGUUCUGUUUGUCUUCUGAACGAUCAACAAUCCAGGGUGUGAAAUUCAACUUAAGUGCCGUCUUCUCACUCCUAAUGAAACUUAGGCGAAUCUGUCCAGUAUGAAAGGCAAAUACAUAGUCCUCCAAGAAACUUAAAGUGAAAGGUUACCAAAAUAAAAGUACAAGCGUUACAGACCAAUAAUUUAAGCUACAUAGAAGAUCUGCGGAAAAGUCUAUCCGGAAAAGUCUAUCCGGCAAGUCUGUCUGUUGGCCUUCGAUCCUGUCCAGCCUCGCCUGUGUUUUAAUUAGGGUGAUGAAAAACUUGACCCAGUGCAGUUAAGCGGAAUUUCCCACACUGGGUUGGUGCAUCCUUCAGAACACACACCGAACGUUCUUGACCCUGAGAAUCUGCCUGGAACCCAUAAAGGUUUCAUGCAAAAUUUGCGAAAAAGAAAAUGUUGAAGAUUUGAACAUAACCAUCGUUGGUAUGUUAUUGUUGAUAAAUAAAGAACGGAAAUUACUUCUGUUUAUUCCCAUCAGACUACGAUUUUGACAUAGUCCCAAGCACCCGUUAAGUUGAUAUCCAAGUUGGUGGUUAUUUGAGGUUGUGCCAAAAUCAAGAUCUGAUGAGAUUAAACAGAAUAGCAUUUGGAUUCAACAAACCAAAUGUAUAUAGUCAAACAAUAUUUUCAGUGUCAACAUAGAGGCUCUUGUGUGUAAAUAAAUUAAAUUUCUAACUAUGUAUUCUUCUGCUUUUUGGUUUGUUUUUAUUGUUAUUUUUAUCUUAUAAAAAAUAUAUAUUUAUGAUUAUGUUCAAAAAUACCCUUUAUUGUAUGAAAUUUGAUGGACUUUGAAAACUAUCAAAACUCCAACCAGUUAAAAGAAAAAACCCCUAAUAAAAAUAAAAAGUUUGUUUUUA